GUGAACUUCAACAUGAGCGCUUCCUUUGGGAAAAGUAACCCAAGAAAGGAAGCAAACUUGUCGAUGUGCCACUCACAACAUGGCGGACUCACACCGGUUCGCGUCACAGAAGCCCCGCCCCUCAGACGUUACACACGGAAACAAGGGAUUACCGUCGUCGGCAGCUCAUCCUCCAGCUCCGUGUUCACCUGAGGGGGGAAAGGGGGCUGCUGUUGUUGUCGUCAGUUCGGUACCGACGAGUCAAAUUCGGAUUAUUUUUACGAGGCUUGUGAAGACGCGACUGAUGUGCGGAAGUGGGAAGACGUAACGUAGAUCCUCUCUGCACGCCCAGCAGGCAGAUAAGCUCCAGAGCGUCUGCGCGACCAUGGCCGCUCACUGAUCCCGCCGCCGCCGCUCCGAUGGGGGCUCCGGUCAGCGCCUCCCCCCCGACCCCCCUGCACCCCGCCGUGGACCCGUCCGUCCAGCUCGGCUUCACGGCCCUCUACACCGCCCUGUACGCCGGCCUCUUCCUGGCCGUGUACGCGCAGCUCUGGCUGCUCUUCGUCUACAAGCACAAGCGCUGGAGCUACCAGAGCCUCUUCCUCUUCCUCUGCCUGCUGUGGGCCGGCCUGCGCACCACGCUCUUCUCCUUCUACUUCCAGAACACGGCGGAGGCCAACCGCCUGCCCGCCGCCGCCUUCUGGCUGCUCUACUGCUUCCCCGUCUGCCUGCAGUUCUUCACCUUCAGCCUCAUCAACCUCUACUUCACGCAGGUUUUGCUGAAAAUCCGCGACACCUUCGGCUCGGCGACGGACAGGAAACUGCGGCUGGCCCAGUUGGGCUACGGCGCCAUGAGCCUCGUCUUCCUGUGCAUCAACGUGACGUGCGCCGCCCUGGGGGAGCGGGGCAGCAGUGGGGAGAAGGGGAAGCGCACCUGGAAGCUGGUCUUGGUGCGGGUCAUCGUCAACGACCUGCUUUUCAUCCUGGACGCCGUGCUGCUGGCCGCCGUGCUGCUGCUGCUGACCCGCCACCCCCGCUCCUUCGGCCCCUACCUCAUGAGCAAGGGGACCACAGUGUGCCGCACCGCAGCCCUGGGAGCGGCGGCCAUCUUCCUGUUUUUCAGCCGGGCCUGCUACAACCUGACGGUCCUCUUCCUGUCCCAGAGCUAUAAGGUGGAAUCCUUUGACUAUGACUGGUACAAUGUGUCUGACCAGGCUGACUUGCACAGCGAACUCGGCGACAGAGAGUACCUGGCCUUCGGCGCCAUCCUCUUCAUCUGGGAGCUGCUCCCCACCAGCCUGCUCGUCCUCAUCUUCAGAGUGCGCCGGCCCGCUCAGGAGGCCAGCAGCCUGGACAUCAACAACAGGGCUCUGCCCCGCCCGUAUUUCUUCGAUGACCCUGAAGGCAGCGACGACGAAAUACCUGCUCCGUGGGCUCACGCCGCCGAUCAGAACCAAAGCUGGUACGGAUCAGAGACCGCGCCCCUCCUGUUUGCCAACAACCCCGCAGAGCAGAGCCACCAGCACCACUCCUUCUACUCCACCCCUCAGAACUGAAGCCAGUCGUCUCGGUGGGACGGAGGGACGGGGACCCCCGUGUGCAGCCACCGCUCUGCGGCUUAAUUUGCACUGAUCACCUCAGGGAAGCUAAGAAGAUGCACCUUGUAGUUAUUUUUAAAGAGAGUACAUCUACUGACUAUUUCUCGAUGUAAAGGGAGAAGACGUAAAUUACGUGACCUAGCCAGCUCCAUGCAGGUCAGACAAGCAUUAUUUGCAUAUUACAGGAGCUAAGCCGACUCUUUAAUCCAGGAGAUGUCCCGUUUAGCUUCAUCUACAUUCCUGAAUGGACUCAAACCAGCGUUGCUCAUGAGAGAAAAACUGCCAUUCCUAUAAUUUAAUCUCCAUCCUUAGUAUUGCUGCAGCUAUUAAGUGUUUAAUUUCUGUUUCUGGGGAAAUAAGCUCCUGCAGCAUUUGUUUAGUUGUUUGUUUUUUUUAUAGUUGAUUUUGGUUCUUCUCCUGUUCUUCAUGUGUUUUAUUGGUUGUUUUUAAGUUAUUUAUGUCUUUGCCCGGAGCUAAAAUAAAUGCUUCAUUAAUGCCUCAUGUGAAAA